GGAGGUGUUUGCAGUCGGCUAUGUGCGCUGCUGUGUUCCUGCAUCCUGGUAUCUCGGAGCCUCCAUCCUGCUCUGCGAGUGCCCGGACUAAAAACAGGAAAUUGAGUAUGAGCACAGCUGAAGAAGAGGCUGGCACAGUGAAAGUACAAACCAGGAGCUCACUGACCCUUACCCAGGAUCUUGACGGCAACCUAAUCCUCCAUUGUCCUCAGAGUGAGACAGAUGAAAUAGACUCGGAGGACAUUGUGGGAACCACUGCCAAGAGGCUGUGUUUGUCAUCUGAGCAUGAACACAGUAUUACUGAAACUACCCCCUGCAUAUCUAUUGUUUCCCUACCAUUAUCCACAAAUGAUCAGAGCUUUGAGGUGACGAUGACCGCUACCACUGAGGUGACUGACGAUGAGCUAAAUGAAGAUUCAGUUACUCAAAUACAGAUUCUUCAGAACGAACAACUUGAUGACAUUUGUACUGCAGACAGCGAAGAGGUGGCAGUUAGCCGAGCAUGGUUUACCAGCAAAGAAGACAAAGAUUCUCUUACAAAUAAAGGUCAUAGGUGGAAACAAGGGAUGUGGUCCAAAGAAGAAAUUGCAAUACUAAUGAAUAACAUUGACCAAUACCUGAAGACCCAUGGCAUUAAAGAUGCAACUGAAAUAAUCUUUGAAAUGUCAAAAGAUGAGCGAAAAGACUUCUAUAGGACAAUAGCUUGGGGUCUGAAUCGUCCUCUUUUUGCAGUGUAUAGGAGAGUCCUCCGCAUGUAUGAUGAUCGGAACCAUGUAGGAAAAUACACACAUGCGGAAAUUGAAAAACUUAGAGAGUUACGAAUGAAGCAUGGGAAUGACUGGGCUACAAUAGGUGCUGCUCUUGGUAGAAGUGCCUCAUCAGUCAAGGAUCGCUGCCGGCUAAUGAAAGAAACAUGCAGAACAGGGAAGUGGACAGAUGAUGAAGAGCGACGACUGACAGAAGUAGUCCAUGAGCUGACCGGCACUGAGACAGGAGAUAUUGUAACUCAAGGAGUGUCCUGGGCUUCAGUGGCAGAAAGAGUUGGAACACGAUCUGAAAAACAGUGUCGAUCUAAGUGGUUGAAUUAUUUAAAUUGGAAGCAGAGUGGAGGCACCCAGUGGACCAAAGAGGAUGAAAUCAAUUUAAUACUAAGGAUAGCAGAGCUUGGCGUGUUAGAUGAAAAUGACAUAAACUGGGAUAUAUUGUCAGAGGGAUGGACCAGUGUCCGCUCACCACAGUGGCUCCGAAGUAAAUGGUGGACUGUCAAACGGCAAAUUGCUAAUCACAAGGAUGUGUCAUUUCCUGUGUUGAUAAAAGGUCUGCGGCAGUUGCACGAACACCACAGCACUCUCCUGGGCACGGAGGAGUUGGAGAACAAACCAGACAUUCAGUCUCAGGGCAGUAAUGGCAAUGUGCAGCAUGUGCAGAUAAGAGUAGCUCACUUGGAGGACAGCCCAGGUCUGCCACAAAGCUCCAUGUCAGCCUUACAGAUUCCUGUACAAAUUACCCAUGUCUCCUCUUCAGAUUCAUCCUCUCCCACAACUGACCCAGAAACAAUAACACUAAACAGCGGCACACUACAGACAUUUGAAAUUCUUCCAUCAUUUUACUUGCAGCCAAGUGGCACCACAGGAACAUUCAUCCUUCAGACGGGUUCAAGUCAAGCUCUUCCAAUAACACUAACCUCGAACCCAUCAGUGACUCUCACAUCCAACUCUUCUCCAGCAUCACCAGAACAAAUCAUCGUACAUGCCUUAACUCCUGAGCACCUACUCAACACUAGUGAUAAUGUCACAGUCCAUUGUCAUACACCUGGCAUUAUAAUUCGUACGGUGACAUCAGAUGAGAUCACAUCACCCUUGGCUCAGGCACAACAUUCUAUCGAUUCCGACUUGCAGCAAGAUAACUUGAGCAAUCCACAUAAUGCCCUGGAAGCGAACUCAUUCUCCCAGGAUAUCCAUCAGACAGACAUUGAUGCAGACCAGGAAGCUUUAUACUGCGCUGAGCAAUCUUUAAAGUCACGGUCCAGAAGUAGCAUGAAAUUAAUGCAUCAUGUUGAAGCAUCUGAUGAAACCUGCUCUGGAGGAGAUUUAAGCAGUGACAAUGACAACCACAUUGGCCUGACUUCAAAUUAUGUAAAAGGAGGUCUGAGGCCUGUUAUGUUAGAAGAACAAGUGGGUCAGCAAAUCUCUGAAAAUGGAACGCUGCUUAUAGUCCCAUCGUCCCAUAGUUACAUUCAGACUGAUGACAUUGAUGGCGAGUCAGUGCUUCCCCUUACAACACUUGCAGAUCCGAUUCUGCAACAUCAUGGUGAGAGACCAAACCUGAACGACUCCUCUCUAGAUGGACCAGACUCGGAUGACUCAAAAGAUGUUGAAGAUCUUUAACAGUGCAUUCCUCCAUUCCUACUCACUGGUCCAUUACUGGGCUUUGCUGCAUCCAUUCCACCCACCUCCAAGUGCUUUCUUGGGAAUGGCAACCCCAGGUGGUUUCAAAUGAGUUGACUAUUUUUCUAAAUGCCCUCAUAUCACCAGCUUAUUGUAUUACAACUGGACACAUACUGCUUUGGCCAGCACUCUCCCUAGAUUAAAUAUCUUAGGAAAGCCAGUUUCCUUUAGCUGCAUACAGAUAGGAAAUUAGAGGAAGUUUACAAAACCACAAGAUUUCCUUGCUUUGUCUGCAUUUUAAAUUACUUUGAAGUAAAGUACUAAGUGCAACAGACAUUUUGGAAAGGUUUAUAUUUUUGACCAUAAGAAGGUGUGGGCUGUAUAAAGCCUGGUGUUAGUACUUUGGGUCAGCUUUAACAAAUGUCACUGAUUAACAUUUGCUUACAUAGCCUUUUAUGAUCAAACAGCAGGGCCUCCCUGUGUGGUUAUGGAUCUCUCUAGUGAGUAUCGUGUAAGCAGCAAGCUCGUGAGAGAUUCAAUUUUGUUCCAAGUUAUGUUACAAGCAGUCAAUGGAAUGCUCUGAAUAGGAAAUAUAGAUCAAGUUCAGAGGAAAUUGUUAUAGUGGGUGUCUGGCAGGGCACCUAUAUAAAUGCAUAUAUCUACAGGACUUUAUGUGAACUAUGCAAAGAAACUGCAGGAACCGUAUUUGUGAAUCCCAAUCCUUUCAGUUGUAUGAAAUGGUUAUGGUGCUUAGCGUUACCCUUUAAACACAUUAGAAAAUUUAAUGUUACAGGGCCUAACUGAGGUCACACUGCAAACACAUGCUUUUCAGGGUAGGAAGUCUGCAUGAUGUGAGAUACUAAACAGUAAACAAUAAGAUAUUAUUCACACAAAUAAUAUAUUUAUGUAAUUUAAUUCCCCAUUGGUGUAAGAUACAGUUAUGGUAAUGGCAAAAUGACAAACUAUUUAAACAGCAGAUCUUUAUCAUGGUCAUAAUUACAGGUAGUGAUAUAGCAUUAUAGGUUGUGAUCAGUAUAAAAUCUAAUUAACUUAAAGUUCAACACUAAAAUGAGCAGCAUAUGCAGACCUCCCCCAUCCCCUGAGAAUUUACUUUUAUUUGUAAAAUGUAUUUAUUGACAGAGCCUAAAAGUGACUGUUCCGCCAGACACUUAGAAAUAUCUAGGUCAACAUUCUCAGUAGAUUUUAAUCUAAACAAGUUUAACUAUAACAACCAUUAAACUUUUUUUUUUUUUAACUCAAAGUAAAGUUGUUUUAUGACCUCUCAUACAGGUGCAGAAAACUGACCUUGUGAUACUGGCAGCCAAAUCAGAUUGAGAUUUCCUGUCAGAUUAGUCCAUAGCUUGCCACCAUUCAAAUUAUUGUGUUCAGACUUGCAAAGCUGAUGGACUAGACCCACAUUUGACCACAAUUUGGAGAAUUUUCUUUCUUUUCUUAAAUGUGGUAAUUUGAUUCACUUUGUUUUCUAUUGAAAACCAUGAAAGGUCCAGAUUUCUUAUAAAAGAUGGGAUUUGCUCAUCUUAUAAAGUAUAUUAAUUUUUACUUUUUCUAAAGACAAAAUUGUCUUUGCAAUUUUGAUUUUUUUCCCACUCUUUUACAAGUGAAACAGAAGGUUCCUAUUGCACUUUCAGCCAGCUGUAUUUUCCUCAUUGUCUCACAAGAAAAUCCUUAAACACGUAGACCGUAACGUUUUGUUUGUAGAAUAAUCUUGUU